AUUGCAAAAACUAGGGAUUUUGUUUAUGGUGGCAGAAUUACAAUCAAAAUACACAAAAACCCACUGACACCACCCGAAUAACCCAAAAAAUGAGUGUGACAGCUAAAUGACUUUAAUUUGUAAUCAAUUAAAUAAUGAAAUGAGUGAAAUAAACUGUAUUUAAAUGAAGAGUCUGAUUUAUAUUUGUGUAAAUUAUGUCGACCAGAUCACAAUUAACAAAGGAUCUAAAUGAAAGUAUUAAAUCUUCGGUUGGCAAUAAGGUGAAGAUCCUUUUCAAAAAUGUGGUGCGUCUGGAAACAAAAGGAGACAAGACUGAAAAUAGGGUUUUGGUGUUUUCACCAUGUCGAAUAUUGUUGCUCACGGCGAAAGUUCCAACGAAGAUCGACUGCCACUUCCACUAUUUGGAAAUACAGGCGCUGGAGAGCAAACGUGGCAACCAUCUAAGCCUCACGGUCAACGACAAGGUCUAUUCGUUUUUGACCGGAGAGGAUUCGACGUGUAGCACAGAAGUCGACAACAUGAUAGGAGCCUUAAACAAUGCAAUCAGGAACAUAUUUCCAACCGUACCCCUCCAACACAUAAUUAAAAAAAUCGAAGUUAUACCGAUCACGAGGCUGCAACAAUUGAGGGACAUGGAGGCAAUAGCGAGCAGCAGGAGGGAAGUCGGACCCUGCGGCGGCUUUUCGACGCAAUACGCCUGCAUGUGCGACUUCCAUAGCAUGACGUACCGCGAGGAGGUAGCGUGGGACGUGGACAACAUCUAUGUCUCGCUCAACACCCGCGAACUAAGUCUGAAAGACUUCGAAUACCUGGAUCAAAAGGACUUGAUACCCAUAAUAAGUGCCCUAGAAUACAACACCUGGUUCACGAAACUGAGGGCGAACCAGGUUAAGCUCUCCCAUGACAACAUAGAUAGGAUUUUCCAUGUCCUGCGCAACUCGCUGAACCUGGAGGAAAUUUAUCUGGAUAAUCUUGGUCUCAAAUCGGAUUUCGUCAAUAAACUGUCCAACACGUUGAAACAGAAUCCAGCCACUGCUUUACACACCAUCGAUUUAUCGUGCAAUCCCAUCGAAGAUAAAGGUGCUACUUACACGGCGGCUUGCAUAAAACGGCUCAACAAAGGUGUGGUGCAUUUGAACAUGUCACAUUGCGGGCUUAGUUCCAAGGGCGUUAACAAUCUCGCCGCCGCCCUGAGCGAUAACAAUAGCGUAUUAACCACUUUAACCUACCUCAAUUUGAGCGGGAACAGCCUCAAAGAUGAUAUAUCUAACUUCCACAACUUUCUGUCGCAACCUAACGCCCUACAGCACAUCGAUAUUUCUUCUACGGAUGUAAUUUUAGAAAAUCUCUUCGGUGCUUUGGUGAAGGGUUGCACAACGAAUCUUGUGCAUCUGAACAUCUCGCGCAAUCCAUUCAGCAGUAAAAAAAGCAAAGAGGCUCCCAUUUCGUUCAAGCAGUUCUUCAGCACGACUCUCAACCUCAAAUACCUGAACAUGUCGCACUGCAAACUGCCCCAGGAGGCGUUAAAAAACCUGCUCCUUGGACUUGCGUGCAAUGAAUUCACGAAGGAGAUGAGCCUGGACAUCAGCAACAACGGUUUGGGGAGUCAAGGGGCGCACGUGCUUGAAUCCUGUGUCCACGGAGUCCGAUGCAUUUCUAGUCUGGACAUUUCUGAUAACAAUAUGGACUCAGAUUUGUGUAACGUUGUGAUAGCAAUAAGUAAGAACAAAUCACUCAAGCACUUAAACAUGGGUAGAAGCAUGAAGAAGCACAUGGGUUUGAUAAUGGAUUCGAUCGUGCAGAUCGUGCAAGACGACGAAUGUCUGUUGCAAUCGCUGAUCAUUCCCGACUGCCGAUUACGUUCAGACCUGUUCAAUCUGCUGAACGCCCUGGGUGACAACAAAUCGCUUGAAACACUCGACAUAAGUGGAAACAUGAUCGGUGAUUCAGGCGCCCGACUGUUGGCCAAGGCGUUGCAGAUUAACAGCAAGUUAAAGACGAUUAUUUACGAUCGAAAUAAUAUUACCCUGCAAGGGUACAACGAUAUAGCUUACGCCCUUGAAAGCAAUAAGACAGUGCAAUACAUGCCGUUCCCAAUAUUUGACAUAGGUCCGUGCAUGAAGGCAAACGCAGAGAAAACCGAUAUAGUCAUGCGUAAAAUCCAAGACGCCCUCAACAGAAAUGUGUCUUUAAAACAACAUAUGACACAAACCCUGCCGUUACAACCCGGUUUCCUUUUGGCCUCCAAGCAACAAGCGCUGGAAAGGUUGGUGGCUCAGACCCAGGAGGCGAUUAAAACGGUGGCGGGAGAUGGAAUGGCAUCUAAAAACGACGUCAAUCAUGCGUCGGAUGUUAUUAAAGACGCGGAGAACUGCAAACAAUUGCUGGUGCGAUUGCAGGAAGUGGCCCAACAUCGGGACGAUCGACGGCUUCAUCCGCUUGAAGAGAAACUGCAGCAAGUUGCCAAUGAUAUACACAACAGUAUCUGUGACUAUGUGCAGGCUACUACUGAUAAGAUGUUAAAAUGCUGUAAAGAACAAUGCCCCUAUGUGCUUCAUGAUGAUGAGAGGGUGCUGGAAAUCAAGAAGGAGUGCAAGAAAAAAAAACAGAUACCCAUUGAUUUUGUCACAACAUGCAUCAAACAACAAGCUGGGACUGAUAUCAUGAACAAAUUAAAAGAAUUAAACGUAGUAUUAGCCUCACAUUUGUCUGAACAAAUCACCGAUGAAAUACACGAGGCGUUGAUGCGCAGCUAUAAAAUAUUGGUUGGGGACGCAAGUGCAAUAAGAAUCGAUUCUCCGCCCAGAAGAUCUCGACUGAGCAGCUCGGACAGUUCCAGACAUGGAGCCAGUGAUAUAUCCAUCACUGACAGCAGCCAUCAAUCAGAUCACUCCCCACUGGCAACACCACAUUUAUCCAUAAAAAGGAAAAGCUUGCACGGCAGGAAACUGCGACCAAAAUCUGUUGUGGACAGCGUUGAAGGCCUAUCAGCCGACGACAUACCCAGUCUGUUGCCUUCAAUACCGAGGAAUUCCGAAGAGGAGGACUCGGUCACUGAGCUACCGAACACCUCAUACCAACUACAACAUCUAGUCAAAGGUCGUCCACGAAGAGCGAAGACUAGGGCGCCGACGCGGCCGCUAGUCAAGCCACCCGACGUCACGGACUCGAUAAGCCAAGACCUGGUCGAAGGGCUGGACUCGUUCUUCCGACCCGGCUCCGUGACGCCGACGUCGGACGAUUGUCAUUCGUUCCAAGCAGACGGCAGUCCCAACCACGAUUUCGCCUCGCCCAACAUGAGCGACGAUAGGCGCACGCCCAAACUGAGCCGCAAUUCGCCUCUGCUGCGGGGCGUCAUGACCCCCACACCGAGGUCGCGGUCUAUCGAUAACCUUGACAAGUGUUCCCCAUCGUUUGGCAGGAAGUCGACGUGCGAGUCGUCACCUUUAACGAGGCGUCUCACUGGCGAAAGCCUUCUGUCGCAGGAGAGCAGCGACGGUAGUUUGGCGGCGGAAGCGAGCUUGGAUAACUCACCAGGCAGCACACUUUCAAAAAUUUCGCCUGAUGGAUCCAAAUUAGCUGCCAAACAACGUCCGUGGUCGAUGGUCAAUUCCGAGGCAAAAACGGGUGGUGGCACCGAUCUUAGCUUGUUGAGCGACGGUUCUUCGCCAAAUAAUUCCACAGGCAACACGCCCGACUCCGCCGAAGCGUUGGACAGCUCCGAGUCUUCAUCCAUUGAUCGCCGGAUCGGCAAGGACAUCAAACUCAAACGUGCUGGAAUUUUGACCAGUUAUUUUCCCGAUCGUGGUGAUUACAAGUUUUUAUCCCGUUAUAAGGCGACGGUAACUAAUAAACAAGAUCAGGCUCCGAGUGCGAAUGCAAUACGUCGCGACAACAACUUCAACUGUAGAGACACGGAAGAUGCACACGUAGGUAGAUAAAAACCAUUUGGAGGCAUACUUAAUUCGUAGGAAAAAAAUGUGUAGAUUAAAGCCCCCUCCCACCGUUAAA